CCGUUGCAUCCAUGUUUUGGUACUUUUACGACAGCGUGUUUCUGGGCUCAGGCAUGCGCUGGAUUCGUCUCCUUUUCCUCGAUCUCUCCUUCGAUCUCUUUCUUCCCGGCUUGUUUUAUUCCUAUAUUCCUACGUUCCCUGGACCUGAUCAUAACUGAAUGCCUCGACUUUGCCGUUUGUCCAUGCCUUCCUCGUGAAGUUGGAGAAUCAGAAACUGUAGGCUGGACUGGAGUGCUCGUUCAUCCUGGUAUCGUACGCGUUGGCCGAUCUCUGCAAGCCAUGCAUCGCGGCCAUGUCACCGCCCAGGCCCAGCUGCAUGCAGUUGCAGCCGUGUUUGCCGUUUAGCAACUGCAACUCGUCGUCGUACAACUACGGACAGACGUACGCGCUUGUUGCGUUCGUCCACGACAAGGGCAUGAAGGGCGCGCUCGACGAUUUCAAAGUGAUGCUCACGAGGAACGAGCCCAUCACCGGCCUCGCCAAGGUGGUGGCGGUCCUCGUGAUCUUCGCGCUCGGCGUCGUCGCCGGCCUGUGGGUGUCUGCCGGGGUCCGCCGGUCCCAGCAGGAAAGCGUCGACCCGAGGAGCACCGGGUUCCAUGGCGGCGGCGGCGGCGGCAUCUGCUGCCGGCCCGAGCCCAACCCCGACUUCGAAGAGUUCGUGGCCCCGACGCGCCUCAUGCACGACAUGACGGACAGGGAGCUGUUCUGGCGCGCCACGCUGGUGCCUACGGCCGCCGCCAGGUACCCGUUCGAGCGCGUGCCCAAGGUGGCCUUCAUGUUCCUGGCCGGCCGCGGCGUCCUGCCGCUGGCGCCGCUCUGGGAGCGCUUCUUCCGCGGCGCUGGGCACGAGGAGCGCUUCUCCGUCUACGUCCACGCGCCGCCCGGGGUGGCGAUCAACGUGUCCGCGGACUCGCCGUUCUACGGCAGGCAGAUCCCCAGCCAGAAAACGUCGUGGGGCUCCGUGACGCUGGUGGACGCCGAGAGGCGGCUUCUAGCGAACGCGCUGCUGGACUUCUCGAACGAGCGGUUCGUCCUCCUCUCCGAGAGCUGCAUACCGGUGCACAACUUCACGACGGUGUACGACUACCUCGUGGGGUCGCGCCACAGCUUCGUGGAGGCCUACUACCGGGACGACAGGGGGUGCCGGAGCCGGUACAGCCGGCGCAUGGCGCCGGACAUCACGCUGCGGGAGUGGCGGAAGGGGUCCCAGUGGCUGGAGCUCAGCCGCGACCUCGCCGCGAGCGUGCUGGCGGACACCAGGUACUACCCGCUGUUCCGGCGGCACUGCACGCCGUCGUGCUACCCCGACGAGCACUACGUGCAGACGUACGUGAGCCUGCGGCACGGCGCGCGCAACUCGAACCGCACCGUCACGCGCGUGGAGUGGCCCGCGGGGACCUCCCACCCGGUGACGUACGGCGCGGGGGACGCCACGCCGGAGCUGGUCCGGAGCAUCCGGACCAGCGCGGAGCCCUGCGCGUACAACUCGCGACUGACGUCCACCUGCUACCUGUUCGCGCGGAAGUUCUCGCCCGACGCGCUGGCGCCGCUGCUCAACAUGUCGGCGGCGGUCAUGCACUACUGACUUGUAUUUUUAUUUUAUUUUUUGUUUUUGGACCUCGAGGCGUGGACGGACACACACAGGACAUGAGUCUGUAACUUGUUCGGACUAAUUAAUUAGUUAAUCACACGUUAUCCAUCAGUGCAAUGCAGUUACAAACGUACUUCCUGCUG